UUCCUGUUCAGGAAAGGUCUUUUCUUUUCAGUUUCUAACAUGGCCAGGCAGAAAUAUGACAGCAUUGCUUGACAGUAUUGCAGCAGGAUUCAUGACAUUAACAGCAGAGCAGACUCUUCUCUCGGACAUGGGCAACACUGUGCUGCACUUUCGGAAACAAAGGACAAAAAAGAAGCUUGUUCUAAAAUACUCAAAGGACCUGCUGGAGCACGAGAACGUGACUGUUAACGGGACUACCAUGGAAAGCACAGAAAGGAUUACUGCUAACCUUGUCCGAAAAACACAUAUUCAGAGCACUCCAUUGGACUUGAUUGACACUGGAAAAGGACUGAAAGUUCAAGCUGAAAAGCCACAUUUGGUGAGCCUUGGCAGUGGAAGGCUUAGCAUCGCCAUUACACUUCUCCCACUGGAAGAAGGGAGGACAACCAUUGGCCAUGCAGCUCAAGAUAUCACCAUUCAAGGGCCUGGUGUGGCAGAUGAACAUUGUUACAUUGAAAACAAGCAGGGAGUUCUCACAUUGUAUCCAUGCAACAAUCUCUGUGCAAUUGAUGGGAUCAGGAUCACCAAGCCAACACGUCUGAGUCAAGGGUGCAUGAUUUGCCUGGGACAGUCCACAUUUUUCAGGUUUAAUCACCCAGCUGAAGCCCUCAAAAUGAAAAGCAUGCUGCCAGGAGGUUGGAGCCAAUCUGGGCCAUUUGGAAUACCAUCAGAAAGAAGCAGAAAAUAUGAAAACAGACAGAAAGUUCAGAGGAGUGGUCAAAAACUCGAUACUGAGAGUUUGUUAAAUGGAAACCACCAGGAAUCUCUGAAAGAAGUUCCAAAGAGUCCCCCUGAGAAGUCAAGACCACCCCACAGUGCUCUUGUUACUUCCAUUGAAAAAGACCUGGAAGACAUUAUGAAUUCUUUAGUCAUGGAGGAUGCAACUUCGUCUGCAAAAAAAAUGUCUGCUGUGCAGCUAUCCCCUCUAUCUCCCAUGGUCAAUGGAGGAGGACGACAUUUGUUAUCCCCUCCAAUGAGUCCUGGAGCAAUGUCUGUAGGAUCUAGUUAUGACAAUGCAUCUCCAACAUGUUCCCCAUUGUCGUCUCCAUCAGUUGCCAGCAGUGGGAGCUAUACUAGUCAUUCUCCAAGUAGUCAAGAACAAGGACCUGUGAUGCCACCUGUGGUACCCCUGCGUUCUUCUAGCUAUAGCCAUACAGUACAGCUUCAUCAGCAGAGAGGUCUGCCAGCCUAUGGUGGUUCUGGAAUUGACUUGAGAAGCAAUGGACUCAGCUCAGGCCCACAUAGAGUACCAGAAAGUCCAAGGCUACAAAGAAGGGCUGUUCAUGAAACUCCUCCAAGCCCAACACUUUCUAGACGUGGACCAGUUUCAGAGAACUUGUCUUCUGAUUUGCUUUCUGAUGGUAGAAGAGGCUCAGACAGCCCAAGGUUAGUUCAGCAGUUUCAAGCAUUGCCAGUGACAGCUUCUGUCUGUCCAAAUGAACUGUUUGCCAGUGGAUCAAGGGGGCAAGCUCUGAGUGUUCCUAGUAGCCCAAGACCUUCAACCAAGUUUCAGUCCCCAUCUGCACAAAGGUCCAAGAUGACUUCUCUUCAAGACCGACCACCCAGCCCCUUUAAAGACAUUAGAGAGACCAACAUUGACCGAUCCAUUGUUUCAAGUCCUUCUAGACAGAUGUCGCCAAGAAUAUUUCAACCAGUGGAGUCCCAUGGCUUUGUUCAAGUUGAUCAGUCGUGUCAGAUGAAUUCAAGGACAUUGCAGCCACCUGAGAGCCCAAGAAUGAGUAGAAGAAAUGUAGAGCUACCCCCACCUAGUCCUUCUUUUUCAAGAAGAGGAGCAACACCAUUGUCUCUCUUAUCUCCUUUACCCAGUUCUCCUCACACGAGGAGCUCUCAAGAAAAUUCUCAGGUGAGGCUGGUUGAUGUGCCUGAAAGCCCACGUACGAGGCGCAAGUUGGCAAAUGCUUCAUUACAUUCUUCUGAGAGACCGGAAGAAUUUUCUUCUUAUGGUGGACCUGUAACUAAUACUAGCAGAACUAUAAGAGAAAGAAGCCCCUCACCAACACGGUAUUCAGGUGAAACUCUGUCACAGAGGAAACCAAGUUAUUGCAAUACGUUAACUCCAGCCUACAGUUUGAACUCGUUGGCAACCACAUCCCCUCAGCCAAGCCCCAGGCUGCAAAGAAAAAUGUCUGCUGAUGUGAAGGUUCCUUUAGUAAGGGAAAGAAAAAAUAGUAUUACAGAAAUACAUGACAAUGAAGAUGAACUUUUGGAAUAUCACCUCCGACAGAGAGAAGAGCGCCUUCGUGAACAGGAAAUGGAAAGAUUGGAACGACAACGGCUGGAAACUAUUUUGAAUCUCUGUGCAGAAUAUACCAAAUCUGACAACAGCUCAGUUGUGGCAGACGUCAGCAAACUGAAUCAGGAUGGCCAGCAGUACCUUAUGGAAGAGCAGAGACUUUACCCUGGAGUAUCUGAGCACUCAUCAAGCUUUACAACUCGAAGACCAUCCAUUGAGAGCGCAGGAGGCAGGGAAAUCAAGGAUCAGAUAUCUCCAACCACCUUAGAAUUUUCGGCAAGGAAAAGAAGAGAGAGCGCAGAAAAGUCUGAUGACGAGCACCUAAAGGAAGAAUGUAGCAGCACAGAAAGCACACACCAUGAGCAUGAAGAUUCUACAGGUGCUAGGUCAAAACAAGAGGUAGUACAUCUUGAAGAGGAAAGAGUCCGGGUGUUGAGCCAUAUUGAUGACCUGAAGACCAGAGUCAAAGAGUUGGAACAGCAGCUGCAGGAGUCUGCCCGGGAGGCAGAGAUGGAGCGGGCUCUUUUACAAGGAGAGCGUGAAUCUGAAAUGGAACAAAUUGCACAGGAACACAUCAUAGUAGGACAGCUGGAAGAGAAGCUCACAGAACUGGAACUCGGAAUCCAACAGGAGAAGGACAAGGAAAGGGCAAUGCUGGAUGCUGAGAGAAAAGAACUAGAGAGGCUGCAAUCGCUUUACAAUGAGCACAAGAGCCAGCUUGAUAACUGCCCUGAAUCAGUGAGGGAGCAGAUACAGGACCAGCUGAAAAGGGAGGCUGAGACCUUGGAGAGUGAAACUAAACUGUUUGAAGAUCUUGAGUUCCAACAGCUGGAGAAGGAGAGCCGAUUAGAAGAAGAGAGGGAAAAUAUGAGUCAACAGCUGCAACAGGAGAAGACAGAAUAUCACCACAGCAUCAACAAGAGAAAGGAGAAGAUCUCGGCAUUAGAAAAUCAAGCAAACCAGAUUAAGCAGCAAGCAGCACAAGAGUGUGAGCGUCUCAGCAAAGAGAGGAAUACCACACUUCAGAUCCUUCAUAAGGAAAAGGAACGGCUGGGUAACUUGGAAAAACGAUAUUAUGCAGUCAGUGGAGGAAAGACAUUUCCAAAGACAUCAUCUGCUUUCAGAGAGGAAGUACUUCAUAUCUCAGAGCCUACUGACUUUUUAGAGGAAACUAAACUGCAGCAUCCCUCAUCAGGACCAGCUGCUGCUUUAUUCCCCUCUUCUGCCACCAUUCAGUCGUAUCACAAGAUGCAAGAGGACUACAUGAAGCUGUAUGAUACGCUUAGCUUCUACAGCAGUUACUAUGGCCCUACUUCUGACAUUGAGCUCUCUGCUGCUUUACGCUCUUCACUGCCGCUUGCUGUACCUCCUGCAGUCAAUGAGGAAUAUGUGACUGUUGAGCAACUAAAGGAGAUAUUUAGGGGGGAAAAUAUUGAGUUAGGUGCUGCUCCUGCUUCUGUCCCAUCAUGCCUGUCUAACACAGGCUCCACCUCUCCAGCCUUUUCCUCUGCCAGCUAUCUUCCGCACACAUCGCUGUCUUCUAGUUCAGCUAAGGAGCAGCAGCCUUUUUCAGACAGGCCACUGUUCCCAGACCUCAACCUAGAGAAAUGGUUCCAGGAAAUCAUGGCCAACUUUAAAGCCUCCUCUUCAUCUCCAUCUCCUCAGCCAUCUCCUCCACCUCUCCCUGCUAAAUCACGUGCUUCACGCAACUCAUCUCAGGUGUAUCGGUCAAAAGCGGACAAAAGUGAGGGAGGCAGUACUUUGCCACGUAUGAAGACUGGGUCCCCCACCCCAGCACAUUUUACUACUUCAACUCUUGGACGGCAUACCUCUUCAAAGAAUUCUGGUCUUCCUCAGAGUAACAUGGGAAGUUUACCACGGAAUUUGGCUGCCACACUUCAGGACAUCGAGACAAAGCGCCAACUGGCCCUACAGCAAAAAGAGCCUAUCCAAACCAGUGAAGAAAAGGGUGACGACUUUGAUGAAAGAGGGCAGCAAGUUAUUGACGAACAAAGGAAACGAUUAGCUGAGCUGAAGCAAAAAGCUGCAGCAGAGGCGCAAUCCCAAUGGGAGGCACUUCACAGCUGUCCAUCACACCAUGGAUCUUCAUACUCUCUGCCUGGGUCUGGACUACAGUUUGUGAGCCACUCCAUUCUGCACCAUCAUCCUUCACCUCAUGGAAUGCAGCACAGCAAUGAUGCCUAUGACACACUCAGCCUGGAAAGUUCAGACAGCCUGGAAACCAGUGUUUCUACUGGCAACAACUCUGCUUGCUCCCCAGAUAAUAUGUCAAGUGCCAGUGGAUUUGAUGCCUUAAAAAUGGAAGAGAUGGAGAAGAUGCUGAAGGAAGCUCAUGCAGAAAAAGUACGACUUGUGGAGUCAAGGGAGCGGGAGAUAGAAGACCGUAGGCAUGCCCUUGAAGAAGAGAGAAGACGAAGGGAGGAUCUAGAGAGGCGACUACAGGAUGAAACUUUUCACCGGCAGCAGCUCAUAGAGAAAGAGGUCAGAAUGAGGGAGAAACAGUUCUCACAGGCUCGCCCUCUGACACGGUAUCUGCCAAUCAGAAAGGAGGAUUUUGACCUUAAGACCCAUAUUGAGUCAUCAGGCCACAAUCUGGAGAUGUGUUAUCAUGUGAUCUUGACAGAGAAGAUGUGCAAGGGUUACCUCACUAAAAUGGGUGGGAAAAUAAAGUCCUGGAAGAAACGCUGGUUUGUGUUUGACAGGAUGAAACGUGCCUUCUCAUAUUAUGUUGAUAAACACGAGACAAAACUGAAAGGGAUCAUCUAUUUCCAAGCCAUAGAAGAGGUUUACUAUGAUCACCUUAGAAGUGCCUCGAAGAAGGGAUUUUUCAACUUAAAUAUUGCAAAUCACUUAACAGAAUUGCUUCCAUCACACUUGAAAAGAGAGAGCCCAAAUCCAGCCCUCACGUUCUGUGUGAAAACACAUGACCGGCUUUACUAUAUGGUGGCACCAUCAGCAGAAGCCAUGCGGAUUUGGAUGGAUGUCAUUGUGACUGGUGCUGAGGGAUACACACAAUUCCUAAACUGAUGGAAGCAGCAGCAACUUUAGAAUUCCUGAGUAAUUGAGUGUACACCAACCUCCAAUGAAAGAAUUCCAAGAAAAAAAUUAAUUUCCAUAAGAAAUGUUCAGCUUCAUUUCGUGUUGAACUUUCCUCUCAAAAUAAGCUGUAGUUCUGAUGGAGUUAAUGGAAUCCAGUGGCCGCUAAUGGAACACAUUUACCUUGGUGUGAAUUUUCUAGUUCAAGUUAUUGAAUGGACUGUUGGACCUGGCUUUGCUGGUAGCCACACCUGGUGCUGAAUCAGUGUUGCCAGUUUGCAUAUGACUGUAUCACCCAAAGGUUGUUACCCAUCUUAGAGCCCUGGAUGAGGUUUGAAUCAACAUACAGGUUACAAUAAGAUGUGGAAACCAAUAUGGCUUAGAAACUGUUUGAAAUCAAAACCCAACACUCUAUAUUUAAACGAUUUUCCUUGCUGCCAUUUUCUACACAUGGCUAUCCAGAGUCAGAAAAAUGAUUCUGUUUUUGUAUUAUUGUCUCAUUUAAUUUUUACAGUGUUUUAUCAGCACGAUGCAGUUUAAUGUUCUUAACUGACAGAGACAUGCCUAUUUAUAGCAAAUAAAAAUGCCACAAAUGGAUUAUUUAACUAUAUUUCUUUUUUAAUAUUGGCUGCAAUAAUAACCUUGUUACUGGGGUACAUUUGCAUUAAAGAACUGAAAAAUCUGCUUUAAAUUGAAGAAAAAAUGCAACAUUGCCAAGAAUUCAGGAUUUUUUUUAAACUGAGAACUUAUAUUUGCAGUACCAUUUUUGAUGGAUACUGCAGCCUAUACAAACACAAAUUGAGUAUGAACUCCAUACAGACAUAUCAUGUGUGCUCAUUUUAAAUUAACCAUAUCCAUGCAAGAUGAGAAGCACUGAAUCCACCAAAGAAGAUAACUUGCCUAUGUAGUGUGUAACUCAUAAAGUGGAGGGGAUAUGGAGUAGCACUUGAGAGCUUGUGUUCCUUCUGUAUUUGUAAUAACAAAGUUAUGACUGUUUGUGCUUUCAGAUGUAGUGUUACUGUGGAUUCCAUACCUCUUGAUAUCAGCCUGUUAAAGCAUGAGUGGAUUCUGUACCUCUUAAUAUCAACUCUGUGCUACAACUGUAAGACGGCCAAUUGGAUUAUUUUUUUUCCAUCAAUUACUGUGAGUUGCCAAAGCUGUAGGUCUCACGCUGAAAGUAUGGCAGUGCUGACAGAUGUAAAGUAGAUGCUGCCUGGAUGGGGUGGAAGUAAAUGAACCCACUUUUGCCACACCCAACACACAUGUGCCUUCACAUUUUUAACAGUCCAGGAAUUCCAGACCACAUAUGAAUCCAGAAUGAAAUGGUGCUGGCAAAGUGAGUUGUCCAGUCCAACUUUUGUUAGAGAACUGCGGUCUCUCAAUUUAAUAGCAUAAAUUCAUAUCUGACCCAUUAACAUUUCUUUAGAAUACAUAUUCUAGGUAUUUCAAGUCUGUGCUGUUUUUCAUUUUGGGAUGUUUUAUUUCUGUGGUAAUUAAGCAUUUUUAUAUAUGUACAAACUAGGUAUGUUCUGCAGAGAGGCCAUUAACUUUACUUGCAUCUUUUCCAGUUGCUGUUGUCCCUGUCAGUGCAUGUUUGCAGAACAUUAGGUGAGAAGUAACUGGAGGCUGCUGCUGUGAUGAGGUUUUGGUUAUGUGACAAGUCUGAAAAUUGUAGGUGAUAAAAACGGUGCUGUUGUAUAGUUAACCAGUGUUUCCUUUUGUGCAUACAUAGUAUAUUUUUGAUGCACCUUUUGUUAAAUUUGUGGAUUUUGAUUCAUCUGGUGUUCUGAUGCCAGACUUGGUUAGUAAACCAGAGUUUUAUCAUUGCAAGCUAUCAAGACUUUAUAAUGCUGCAAUAGCAGCACAAGGGAAUCCUGCCCACAUAAGCACUAAUGUCAAACUUAACUUUGCUAGCAUUUAUCUCUGCCCAAAAUACAUUUUUUAUUAAAACUUGAGUAUUGUUCUUUUUCUGGAUAAAAUGCAGUUUGCUUUGGUAGUGAUGUGUUUUAAACAGCAGCCUUCCAUAAACCACUGUAAGAAGUUGUCUUACAGGCUUUUAAUAAAGAAGGUCCAACACUUGGGGGCAAGUAAGAAGUAUGCUGCAUUGACUUUGUUUUGUGUUGACUAAUAUUCUCAGUCUUAUUGCUUACUUUUAGUGAUACAAAUGCAAAGUCCUUUACGAUAAUGACUCAAAGCAGAGAGCAGUUUACAGUAUGCUUCAGCUGUCUUUUCCCCAUGUUUUAAACUGUAGUUUAUGCCAUUUUUCUAGUUUAUAGCAAAGGUAAAGAUGCCAAUAUGUAUUUAUUUUUUGGAGAUGGGUUAUUGUGCUGUAGCUUCAUCACUGUGUGAGCAUCUGAUAUAAUUUCUGCAUCAUUUUAACAUGCAGCUAUGUAGCAUCUUGUUUUAAAGCUUAAAUCAAAUGGAUCUAUUGCAUGAAAGCAAUCAACAUUCAGGUGUUCUAGAGAAAUUGCUGUGAAAGGAAGGCACAUUAGCUUGAACCCAGAUGUUGAUGGAUGACUGAGCACUGUUUUGUUAUGCUUUUAGGUCUCAGCUGAGUUACUCAGCAAGUACAGUUUAAAAAAUAGCAAAAGCUGCAUCUCAAAAACUGAGUAAAAUUCUUACCUCUGGUUUGCAUGUCUGCAUAUAUUAACUUGCCAGAAAUAUUCUUCAUAAUUUUUAUAUCAUUUUUUGAAAGAGUAGUUUGUACUUAACAAGAGUUUUAUGGCGUUGCACAUUUUGCCAAGUGUACUUUAAUGAAAUAUAUAAAAAAUAAACAAACAGGUUUCAUGUUGAGGGACUUGGGAACAGGAUUUGCCAGUUUCCUCCAGAACACCAUCUUUAAUUUUCUAAUGUACUUUAUAUAAAUUGCUUUUUAUUUAUAAAAGUUGGUCUGAAAAAUAUAUGUGUACUAAAAACUUUUCAGCAUCUUUGUGUAUUAUAAAGAUACAUAUAUUCUUCCAUAUCAGUAAGCUGCAGAUGGUGGCCUUUGAAAAGUUAACUAGUUCAUUAUCACAUACAUGUGACAUACUUAUCCAGUAUUAGUAUUAUUUAUUUCUCAUAACCUGCUGAUGCAAAAUUAUAAUGCACUGCUUUAACAGCACAUCACUCUUGUGUUUGGGUCCAGGCGCCUCCAUCAGAAUAUGCAUACAAGUCAUGUCAUUUUUAGCCUUCAGCUUAUAUUUAACAAUUGCUGUGCAAGUCAUAUCAAAAGGCAUCUGUUCCCAUAGUGGAUAAACCAUGUUUCCUUAGCAAAUUAAUCACAUCUUUAUUUUUUCAGAAUUUACUUCCUUGUUGUGUAUUUCCCCUUUUAUCUUUUCUUUUUCUGUCUCAUUGAAAAUCCUGUGCCUCUGUUCAUGUACAUGUUGCAGGUUCUCUGUUACAUGUUGUCUUGCCUUUUUCAGGCAUAAAUGAAUCUGUCAGGUAAAUGUAAUAAACAACGUUUAAAAUGUG